AUGGGUGGAGGUUCAUCCUCUCUACGGACGAAAAGCCGAUCGUCCGCUGAUCUGGAUCGCCUGAAGCCAACAGCUGAGCAGAGAACGCCGCGAACAAGGAGCCGGCUUGCAUCACUUGCUCAGUCAUCGUCUAAACAUCUUUCGAAGUUAUCGUUCAAGCGAAAAAAUGGCAAUCGCGAAAAAGUGAAGUCUUUUCGUGAUUUGAUCUCGUCCUGGCCAAUUCAUGACAUCGAGACACUGUACAGAGAGUUGGAGACGUCACGUGUCCUCUCAUUGUUUCAAAAUGCAGCUGAUCAUGCUCGUCCAGCUGUUUUAAGCUUGGAGGAGCAGCUCUUCUCAAGUGCAAAUAAGGAUUUCGUUCUGAUAGUUGAUAACGCUGCAUACCCCAUACAUCGUCGUAUAGCUAUUGCGAGAUGUGAUUUGAUACAGGAAUUAUUGAGUAAACAGAACGUGUCUGAAUUGCAUUUGUCACCUCCGUGUGGUAGACGUCUUACCAAACAGGAGCUAUGCAUGUUCAUACGUUAUCUCUAUACUGGAACUUGGACUGGUAGUGCAGACAUACUCCAGUUUUUUCGAGACUGGAUGAAAUGCUACAGAGACCUAGCUGUUGAUUUGUGCACUGCGGAGAAGAUGGCUUCGAAGGAUGGAGACCUUAAGAUUAUCCUCGCAUCUCCAAAUUCCAACGGAGAAAAACCAGCGAAAGGUUAG